GUUGAGCGUUGCAACAGUUUAUGACUGAAGAAGAAGCCGCAAAGACCCGGAUGAAGAGAUUAUAUUCAGGAAACGGGCCUCUGGUCGUUCUUUUUUUCUUGAGGAGCUGACCACGUUGGUGGCGUUUGUGCCUGGCUCACCGCUGUUCGUUUGAAAUUUUUCCGAAUAAGUCGGUCAGGUAUAAUUAAAAUGGCUUUUAAGGAUACUGGUAAGGCACCUGUUGAGACUGAGGUCGCCAUUCAUCGCAUCCGCAUCACCCUCACCAGCCGUAAUGUGAAAUCCCUUGAAAAAGUUUGUGCUGAUCUCAUCCGCGGCGCCAAAGAGAAGAACCUGAAGGUGAAGGGACCUGUCCGCAUGCCAACCAAGACUCUGCGCAUCACCACCAGAAAGACUCCCUGUGGUGAAGGAUCCAAAACCUGGGAUCGCUUCCAGAUGAGGAUCCACAAGCGUCUCAUUGACCUGCAUAGCCCAUCUGAAAUUGUCAAGCAGAUCACCUCCAUCAGCAUUGAGCCCGGUGUAGAGGUUGAAGUCACCAUUGCAGAUGCAUAAGCAACACCUUUCAAUAAAGAAUUGAAAAAGAAAA